CUUUACUUUUACUGCAUUCGCGGGUCCGCCGUCGAAGCAGAACGUCGCUCGACGACGCCAUCUUGCCUUCUGUAUUAUUGUGCGUGUUUGAAAAAUGAGUUUUUUAAAAAUAGUGCUGUUCUCCUUGUGCUGUAACUUAGUUAGGGCAACAAAUACAUACAAUGCAGCUAUAGUGGAUGUAUCGAGCCCAGAUAUAAAUACCGGAAAAUAUGCUUCGUUGAUACGUGAGGCUGGUGAAAGGGAUGUGGAUGUAUUGGUGCUACCGACUCCCCGAAAUGUUGCAUCUGAGACCGAAUUUGAUUCCUGCAUAAACGAAUUAGAUAAUUACGAUGAGAUAAUGAAAGCGGUUUCAGAUGCCGCGAAAGACGCGCGUAUUUACGUCGUCGCUCAAUUACUCGAGAGAUAUAGUUGUCAAAACCGGGAAGAACUUAUAAGAAGUAGCGUAGUCUUCGAUAGGAAUGGAGCUGUUAUCUCUGUUUACAGAAAACCUGUUAACAGUGGAUCGAGGUGCAAUACGACAAGUUCAAAAAUGGGUCAUUUCACCACUGACUUCGGCGUAACAUUUGGUGUUCUCAUGGAAGAUGAUAUUAUACUAACAAAUGUAAAAGAAGUUAAUGGGAUUAAGAACUUCAUUGUAUCUUCAUCUUCUGAGGCGACUUUCGUAUUUGCUAAACAUUUUUCUACAUUUUGGGCGUAUACAAAUAACAUCAACCUUAUAAUUGAUAAUGGAAAAUUCAUUGGAAAUAUUGAUGUGCCGAAGUUCUCCAAUAAUUUAAUUGUGGCAGAAUUUGAAAGCUAUGGAUCCAGCGAUAUCUCAAAAACUCUUACAAUCACUCCACCCACCAGCUACUUCAUUGGAGACAUGAGUCAGUACAUCAUCAGACCAUUGAACUUGGAGGCCAGUACAAAGGGUUACACUGAAACCGUUUGUCAAGGGAACAUCUGCUGUCAGUUUUAUGUGAAGACAAAUUCAAUUGGAGCCAAACAGCAAGAUGUUACUUACGGUCUGGUAGUGUUCGAUGGUGUACAAAAUUUGGGCAACAGCAAUAUCGGUGUGCAAACUUGUUCGGUCGUGGCCUGCGCUGGAUUAUACAAACGCUCGUGUUUUGUUGGGUCUGAAAAGAACAACACCAAUAUCAUAUUCGACAAUAUUUUAAUCAAAGGUAAUUUCUCAAAUGGCAACACCGCUCAUUUCCCCACUAUUUUAACAACAGCCCAAAGUGUCAUGAAUAAAGAAAACUUUAGAUUCACUCCUCUAAAUAAGAAUACAAAAUAUGUCACUGCUGAAUUGUAUAAUACAGAAAAUGUUCUAUCUUUCGGUAUAUUUGGUAGAGAUUACUCCAAAGAUUAUCAGACUUCUGAAUUCGGAAGUAUUAACAAUACAAGUAUUAUUAACGAAUUAUCUGAUUAUAUUUCGAGUGAUAAUGUUCAAGAGUUCUUUGAUUAUCUCUGGAUAAGAUUGAGAGUUUUAAUUUUCGUUGUGUCCAUUUAUGUUUUGGAAAUGAUGUAAUUAUUAUAAAAUAUUAUAAGUAUCUGGUGGUGGAGCAAGGAUAUUUUAAUAGAAAUUUGGAAAUAUUGUCCCUAUAUUAAAAACAUCGUUUUUAUUCCUGAAAUAUUUGUCAUUUUAAAAGAUAAUUUAACAAAAGUUUUUCUUAAUAUAAAUAAGUUCCUUGGUUCAGUCAACUAUUUUUAAUUGUAUGAUUUUAAUUAGCUAUUUGAGGUCACCCCCUUUCAGGAUUUAAUGUAACUGAAAUUUUAUUAACAGAUAUUAUCCAGAUAUUUGUCAAAAAAUAUUUUGUUCCUUAAAGCUAUAAACUAUAAGUGCCAUCAUCUUUUCCAUGGCUACUUAAAUAAGUAUUGUAUCAAUCAAGAAAAUUGGGAAUUUUUAUGUAAUUUUUUUCUUAGCCUGUUAAUUUAUAUUUCUGAGAUUUCUAUGUCUAUUCCAAUCGAAGAAGGAAUUAAGAUAAACAAACCUUAUAUUUAUGUAUUUCAUGUGAUUUGCUAAUUGCUCAACUAUAUUGUACGCCACUAACAGUUCUUGAUUAAUAUGUAAUUAUUUAUACAAAAUACUUCCGUCAAAUGUUGUUUAUUUAGCUUUUGUCCUCUUGUGGUUGGAAUAGACUAUAGCUUGGUAUAUAUUUUAAAUAUUAUUAAUAAAUGGCCUUUAUUAUUUUAUAUUUUCUAAUGAAGUACAUUGCUUAAUUAAUAUAGGUUUUCGUAAAUUUGAUCAUGAUAUAAUGAUUUUAUUUAUUUAUUAUUAAGUCGAUUUUUAAGCAUUUAAUAAUGAUUGUUUCUUUACCUUGGUAGCUCUUAAUUAUUUCUGUUAAUAUAAUAAUUUGUAUUUUUAAUUGAUUCUAAAUUAUGCAUUUUAGAGUUUACAAUUAAAAAGCGAUUCAAAAUUACUAAUUAUUUUUUUCCUGAAUUAUUAAAUUUAAAUAAUUGUCCUUAUUAAUUACUUAAUAUUUGCUUAUUGUAUUUAUUGUAUAUUAUAUACUAAUGCGCUAAAAUGUGAAUGUUUCUGAACAAUGGGUGUGUUUUAAUAUAUUUGUUACUUUUGAAUGUUCGCACUGUUUCCGGGUACUGUAACAGACAAAUGACUGAUCUCUGUGAUAUUAGAUAAGUGUGCAUGAGUGAUAAUAAAUAUUUUUUU